AUGUCCUCUAUCCCAUCCAAAAGAAAACAACAUCAAACCACUAUCGACUUUACAAAGCAAUCCGAUCAAACCAAGAAACUUAAAUCUUCAAAAAUAAUUCAAGACGAAGAAGACAACGACGUUGAGAUUAUUACAAGUGUUGCCUCAGAAAAGCCCAAAAUGAAAGCAAUGGCCGUAACAUCAUCUUCUGCAAGUACGAACUCUUCAAAUAACAAUUCAGCAACAUCCACUUCGUCAUCUUCGGGAGGGUUUACUAAAAAGUCAUUGGCUCCAUCUACUGGAGGUGGGUUGACCAAUGGCAACAAUAACAUGACAACCUCUCCUCUUCCAUCUGCAUCACAAAAAAAGAGAAUGCUCAAAAUUAAACCGUUCACUAUCAAACCAACGGUUGAUGAAAAUUUCGAAGAAGAGACUUGGAACAAACUUAAAUCAGCCGUCAUAGCUAUCCAACAAAAACAAUUGAUUUCGAUUGGCCAAGAAGAGCUUUAUCAACUUUGCUCUGAUUUGUGUAGACAUAAAAAACAUGAAAGUACAUAUAACAAAUUGAAAGAAUUAUGUAGCCAGAAUAUCGAAAGCAUUGUAAAUGAUUUAACGAACAAAACACCUGAUCAUACUGCUUUCUUGAAUAUUGUUGUGAAAAGCUGGGAAAACUUCACAGAACAAUUGAAAUCUAUUCGAUCAAUAUUUCUCUAUCUAGAAAGAUCCUAUGUUGUUUCAUUACCAGAUAAAACAAUAUGGGACAUGGGAUUAAAAAUAUAUAGGGACUAUCUGAAGAGUAAUGAACAAGUAGGAAGAAAGAUAAUUUCCGGUAUUUUAUACUUAAUUCAACAAGAAAGAAAUGGUGAAAGCAUUGAUAGGUCCAUUGUACUACGUCUAGUUCGAAUGUUGAUAGACUUGCAAUUAUAUGAAGAUUAUUUUGAAAAAUCAUUUCUCGAAGAAACGAGAAGUUUCUACUCUGCAGAUGGACUCAAAAAUGUGGAUUCACUCAAUCCUCCAGAAUAUUUAUUGUAUGUUGAAACUAGGUUAAGACAAGAAUCAGAAAGAGUGAGCAAUUAUCUGGCAAAGACAACGAAACGACCGCUCAUACAAAUCACAGAACAUGAAUUAAUCAAGAAACAUGCAAAGACCAUUUUAGAAAAGGGAUUCUCUGACAUGAUGGAGUCUCAUAGAAUUUCUGACUUGAGUCGAUUGUAUGGAUUAUUGAGAUUAGUGGAUGAACUGGAAUUACUCAAAGAAUAUUUUACAGAUUAUAUGAAACUGAAAGGAGGCAAAAUUGUCAAAGAUGAAGAAAAUGAAAAGAAUAUGGUUCAAGACACUCUUCAAUUAAAAAGCAAGGUUGAUGAGUUGUAUGAACAAGCUUUCCACAAGAAUGAACAAUUCAUGUAUGCCAUAAGAAAAGCAUUUGAAUACUUUUUGAAUUUGGUUCCAAACAAACCAAGCGAACUCAUUGCCAAAUACAUUGAUUCAAAAUUGAAAUCUGGUAACAAGGGAUUAACAGAUUCCGAGUUGGAAAGAUGUAUGGAUAACGCUCAUGCCAUUGUAAAAUACAUUCACGGAAAGGAUAUCUUUGAGGCCUUUUAUAAGAAGGAUUUAGCAAAGAGACUCUUACUGGGAAGAUGUUCAUCCUAUGAUGCAGAAAGAAUUAUGAUUGCUAAACUCAAAACAGAGUGUGGUCCUCAAUUUACUAACAAACUUGAAGGCAUGUUCAAAGAUGUUGAUAUUUCCAAUGACAUGAUGGCAAAUUUCAAGAAGAGUAAGGAAUACAAAAAAUUAUGUUCCGAAUUUGGAGACCAUGACUCUACCAUGCCUUUUGAGUUAAAUGUUACCAUACUUACAAGUAGUAAUUGGCCAAAUUACACUCCAGAUACUUUAAAUUUACCAAAGGAAAUUUCUAUAGCUCAAGAGGCUUACAAGGAUUUCUAUGUGAACAAACACUCUGGACGUGUUCUCAAAUGGAUUCACAAUCUUGGUCAAUGUACUUUGAAGGCUCUCUUUCCUUCAGGGAGAAAAGAGCUGAUUGUAUCAUUCUAUCAAGCUCUAACUCUGUUGCAGUUUAAUAACAAGGUCAAAAUCUCGUAUUCAGAACUCAAACAACUCAUUGGUAUCGAAGAUGCAAAGGAAUUUAUGCUUACCAUGCAAUCAUUGACACUACACAAAGUGAAAGUAUUGAAAAAGGAGAGAAAAGGAACGGACAUUAAGGAAGACGAUGUCUUUUAUGUCAAUGAUGAGUUUACUCAUUCACUCACAAAAAUUAAGGUCAACUCUCUACAACUCAAAGAAACCAAAAAAGAAAGAACUGAAACAACUGAGAAGGUCUUGUUAGAUCGUAGUUAUGUCAUUGAUGCUGCCAUUGUGAGAAUUAUGAAGGCAAGAAAGACUCUCACUCAUCAACAAUUGUUGGCAGAAGUGUUAAAACAAAUUCGAUUCCCAACGACUGGUCAAGACAUUAAGAAGAGAAUUGAAAGUUUAAUUGACAGAGAUUAUCUUGAAAGAGAUGCAAAUUCACAAGCUGGCAGUUCAUCCUGUACGUAUCAUUAUGUUGCUUAG